UGGCUAACAAUAACCUGGACUUUGAAAAUGACGUGAAGAAAUAAAUAUUUGAAGCUACUAGUAGGGUCCAAUUGUUCAAGGCUUAACACUGAAAAGCUAUUGCGGACUAUUUCAAUGAUCGCAUGGCUGAGUUUGGGAUGUGACACAUCUUGGGUCCAUCUGAUCAGCUCUCGCUACUGCAUCUGCCGCCUCCUCGUCACCGGCACCAAGGCCCGAAUCCUUAUCACAUCGGUCAUCGACUAGACCUGGAAUUAAAACCGUAAUUGGGCCAUAUCUUACUUAAGAUUUUCAACAAACUGAGAAAACUCCAGAGGAUGUGAUAAGGAUUGUCGCAUCACCAACUCUGAAUGCAGGUCUGCACAUAAGACUUGACCACAGACAAGCCAUCGCUUUAAAAGGAUGGAUACGGCUAGAUAUGCCGUGUUUACCAGCUAGCUAGGUACAGCAGUCUCAGCUAGCCUAUCUUUGUAAUGGAAACGAAGUGCUAGCAUGAUGAUACAGCUAGCUAACAAUGCUGUUUGUUAUUAGCCAGUUAGCUGGCUAGCUAGCUACCUUGCUAACCUGGCUUGUGUGUUAAGAGAGGGCUGGCUGCUAUCCAUUUCAAUGGGCACAUCCUGGCUUGCUAAUUAUUUUUGCUAGGACAGGCAGCAUACCUGAUCGGCACCAGUGGAAUUUAAUAUUGUUGAUCUAUUGUGGGUACAUACUACGACAAGGAAUCAGAAAGCGAACGGUACGCUGUGUUGCCAUAGCCAGCCUGCACACUACAUAGCUAGCUUGAUUUAGUUUAACCAACUAGCUAGUCUAGCUAGCUGGCGGUCGGUCGGUCGGUCAACAAUGGCACAGGAGGCGUUUCCUUUACAUUUUUUGGUUUGGAACAAUCAGUUUUUGGAGCUUGACCGGGAACUACAGAAAAAAGAGGAGGAUGUGGAGCGCUUGGACCCACGGGGCCGCACCCCGUUAGAGCUUGCUGUGUGUCUGGGGCACCUGGAGUCAACCCGUGUGCUGCUAAGAUACUCCGCAGACCCUACGCACUGCAACGCGCAAUGCUGGACAGUUUUGCAGGAAGCAGUGAGCACUGGAGACCCGGAGCUGGUCCAGUUAGUGCUGCAGUACAGAGACUUUAAACGGGCCACGGAGAGACUGGCUGGCAUCCCUGAACUACUUAGCAAACUUAGACAGGCCAGAGACUUCUAUGUGGAGAUGAAGUGGGAGUUCACCAGCUGGGUGCCCCUGGUGUCGAAGGUGUGCCCCAGCGAUGUGUACCGGGUCUGGAAGAGCGGCUCGUGUCUGCGUGUGGACACCACCCUGCUGGGCUUCGAGCACAUGACCUGGCUGAAGGGACGGCGCAGCUACAUCUUCAAGGGGGAAGAGAGCGGCGCCCUGGUGAUGGAGGUGGACCAUGAGAAGCAGGUGGUGUACACGGAGCCGCUGGCUCUCUCUCCCCGGGACACCCCCUCCCUCCUGGCCGCCAUGCAGCCCUCCCAGGAGCACACGGCCCAGAGGCUGACCUCGCCUAUCGUCUCCACGCACCUCAACACGGGCAACAUCGCCUUCGAGAGGAACAAGUCUGGUAUCUGGGGCUGGCGCUCUGAGAAGAGUGAGCUGGUCAGCGGCUACGAGGCCAAGGUUUACAGUGCCACCAACGUGGAGCUGGUUACGCGCUCCAGGACAGAGCACCUCUCAGACCAGGACAAGUCAAGGAGCAAGGGGUCCAAGACACCUCUGCAGUCCUUUCUGGGGAUAGCGGAGCAACACACUGCUCAUAACGGGAGUAAUGUGUCCCAGUGUGCCAGCCCCCACAACCCCACAGACAUCACGGCGGAGGAAUACUUCGACCCCGAGUUUAACCUCAACGACCGUGACAUCGGACGCCCCGUUGAACUCACUAGCAAAGUCCAGAAGUUCAAGGCCAACCUGUGGUUGAGCGAGGCACACCCUCUCUCAUUGGCCGAGCAGGUCACGCCCAUCAUCGACCUCAUGGCCAUCUCCAACGCCCACUUUGCCAAGCUGCGUGACUUCAUCACCCUGCGCCUGCCACCUGGGUUCCCCGUCAAGAUAGAGAUCCCUUUGUUCCACGUGUUGAAUGCCAGAGUGACCUUCAGUAACCUGUGUGGUUGCGAUGAGCCUGUUAGCUCUGUCACAGUACACACACCAGAGGGCUCCCCCGAGGCUGGGCAGGCCCCCCCUCCCUUCCACUGCGAGGUGGACCCCUCCGUUUUCGAGCCCCCCCCGGACUACACCACGCUGGGGCCGGGCCGCAGCGAGCCCAUGAGGGACGAGGACGACAACCUGCUGCAGUUUGCCAUCCAGCAGAGCCUGCUGGACGCAGGCACCGAGAGCGACCAGGUGACCAUCUGGGAGGCUCUGACCAACAGUCGCCCUGUCUCACAGCCUCCACUAUAUGCGGAAGACUCUCAGCUGGAGAGGGCCAUCCAGGAGUCCCUGUCCAUCCCACUGGCUGGUGGAGAGGGCGGGGAAGCGGCAGACCCCGCCCAGCCCUCGUCUGUCUCCCCAUUGGACACGGGGGCCAACUCCCCUCCCUCCUACAGCUCAGUGGCUGAGCCGCGGUUGCCAGGGCCGUUCGGCGUGGCGUCCAACUUUGACGAGCAGCUACGUAUCGCCAUGGAGCUCUCGUGCCGGGAGCAGGAGGAGAUGGACAGGACGAGGAAGGAAGAGGAGGAGGAGCUAGAGAGGAUUCUUCAGCUGUCACUCACAGAGAUGUAGCUGUGGGAACAAUUGAUAAAGGGCUGUCUUUGGGGAACAAAUUAUUCAUUAAUUUAUUUUCCAAUGUAAAUGUUUUUUUUUUUUUUUUUCAAAAGUCUUAAUGUUAAACGAUGAGAGUAUGGUAUUGUGACCAGUGUGAUGGAGGGAUACAUGGAAUGGUUAAGCAGAGAAGAGCUAUACCUGGGGUGAAAGAGGGAGAACUCAUUUAACUUUGUCGUCUUAUUUUGAGUGAAAUAAUCCUUCAACUUCUAACCUAUAAUACAAAUGAAUGCUAGUAAUGAGAACUGAAGAUUUAAAAAAAAAAUGCUGACAUGAAGAUAAUUAUUGAAAAAAAAAUAUUUAUUAUAAUGUUUGAAACAUUUAUGUUGGUUGACUCGUGUGACAUGGAAAAUAAAAUGAAGUAAUGUUCCUGA